AGUCGGUUGAUAUUUCGUGACCGGUUUUAUAUUUUGACUGAUUUGUAUGGGAAUGGAUAGUAGUGCAUCGGAAGUCGUCAAGAUGGAAACACCAAUGUCAAAUGAUAGUGAAAAACUGUUCUCAAGUCAAAUACACUCAGAUUUUGGAUAUUACUUUAAUGAUGGAAAAAGAAAAAUUGAUUAUGUUUUGGUUUGGGAUGAACCAGUUAAUGAAACUAUGAUCAAUAAAGUGAAAAAAAUCAAUAGUAUUUAUCGAAAAACAUUUGAAGAUAAUUUGCAAACAAUCGGAGUACAAAUUGAGAAAGAGGAUGUCAAGAGCGAAAGCUUGAUGACUCAUUAUUUGAAGCUGCAUAUUCCUUGGGACUUAAUGUGCCAUCAUGCUGAAUGUCUAAACCUACGAGCUCCUCUUGAAGUGCAAAACACUAAAAUGAAAAACUGGUCUGAGAUUCUUUUGAAGACAAUUGGGAUUCCAUCUAUAAUGGCGCAAAAUGUUCCAAAUCCUCCACCUGAAUAUUAUACUUGUCCGUUUAAGAAAAGUAAACUAGAAAAAUUCAUUGGACAUGAUAAUCAAGAAUCGUAUUUCACCCCUACUCAAAGACAUCAGGUAGCAUAUGAUAUUUUAGCUACUCAAGCAUAUGGGAGCCGUGAAAAGGCACAAGUUGGAAUCGAUCGUCUUAUACAAGAAGAGGUUUACAAUGCUGCGUACGCGAUUCAUGAGGGUCCAUAUGAAGUAGAUGAAGAGGAUUUAAAAAAUCCAGAAAAAAUGAAUCCACGUCAAAUUUUAUAUUGGUAUUGGGCAAGAUGGGGUUGUUGGUAUAGAUAUCAACCUCUGGAUCAUAUCAGAUAUUACUUUGGAGAAAAAAUUGGUUUCUAUUUCGCUUGGCUUGGUUUAUACACUGCAUGGUUAUUACCAGCUGCAUUAGUCGGAAUCUUUGUUUUCAUAUAUGGACUUGUAACUAUAAAUGAUUAUGUUCCUGUGAAAGAAGCUUGUGAACGAGACACAGUUAUGUGUCCAACUUGUGAUAUCAGUCACGGGUGUCGAUAUUGGAAUUUACGAGAGUUAUGUUUCUACUUGAAAAUGUCCUACUUAUUCGACCAUCCUGGUUCUGUAUUCUACGCUAUUUUUAUGGUAAUUUGGGGUGUUACAUAUUUAGAGUAUUGGAAGCGUAAAAAUGCUAAAUUAGCUCAUCGAUGGGAUGUGCUGGAUUAUGAAAUCGAAGAAGAACGACCGCGCCCACAAUACUCUGCUCACUGUACACAAUAUGCAAAAAAUCCCAUAACGGAUGUUCUUGAACCAUAUUUUCCUCCUCGUGCUCGUGUUGCUCGUAUUAUUGCUGGAUUGAUUUGUGUCAUGGUGAUGGUUAUGUUGGUAUUGGUAUUUAUAGUAGCUGUAAUUAUUUAUCGGUUUUUAAUAAAAAUUCCAUUAUUUCAAAAUAAACUACUUCGUUCCAAUGCAGAAAUAUACGCAACACUUUCAGCAGCUAUUGUAAAUCUUAUUUUGAUUAUGUGUUUGGGGAAAGUGUAUGAAACAUUAGCCUACAAAAUGACUCAAUGGGAGAUGCAUCGAACUCAAAGUGAAUUUGACAACCAGCUGAUUUUUAAAGUUUUUCUAUUUCAAUUUGUGAAUUUCUAUUCAUCCAUAUUCUAUGUAGCAUUUUUCAAAGGACAAAUGGUUGGUUAUCCUGGUCAUUACACAUCCUUUUUCGGCCUACGUAACGAAGCAUGCGAUAACGGUGGUUGUUUGAUUGAAUUAGCCCAACAAUUACUUGUUAUAAUGGUUGGGAAACAAAUCAUUAGUAAUUGUCAAGAAAUUUUGCUUCCUAAACUACGUGCUUGGUUCCAUAAAUAUCGAAAGGGAUUAAAUAAGAGGAAUGUUGCUUCAACUAGUGAUCUGAGCUCAGCGCAUAUAUUUAUUGAAGACUAUAAAUUAAUACCAUAUGAAGGACUAUUUGAUGAAUAUCUUGAAAUGGUUCUUCAAUUCGGGUUCAUUACAAUCUUUGUGGCUGCCUUUCCAUUAGCCCCAUUCUUUGCAUUACUUAACAAUUGGAUUGAAAUUCGUUUAGAUGCCAAAAAAUUAGUUUGUGAAACACGUAGACCAUUGGCGGAACGAGCACAAAAUAUAGGCGUUUGGUUUAGAAUAUUAGAGUUUCUUGUUCGAUUGGCUGUAAUUUCAAAUGCCUUCAUCAUUGCAUUCAGGUCAAGUUUUCUUCCUGAACUCAUGUAUAAACAUGAAGUUAGAAGUGAUUUAGUAGGAUUUACUAAUUUUACUCUAGCGUGGGCUCCUCCGAAUACUACAUCACAACCAUGCAGGUAUAAAGCUUUUCGGGAUAAUAAUGGUGAAUACUCGAUGUUUUUCUGGAGACUUUUGGCUCUCCGUCUAGCGUUCGUAAUCGUUUUCGAGGUAACUUUAUCAACAUGUGUAUAUGAACUACUAAAAUAUUGCCUUAGAAACCCAUAGUCUAUUUCACAUAAGCAUCAAAUUUUUAAUAGAAUAUUGCAGCAUGAUCAAUGGAUUUUUGUUAAGCAGUUUGCUAAAUUAGUCUGUUCAUUUGAUAGAUGGGUAUAAUAGGAAGGGCGAAUUUGCUAACGUGACAUAACACAAUUUCCAGUUUUCAUAUUCUUAUUCAUGUGCACUAAUGAACCGUAUGUAGUGUUUGUAAUUUCUGGUUACAGUACUUGUUACAAGACACUUUGCAUAAAACAAUAACAGCUACUUACAACAUAGAUAAACACAGUGACCUCAUCGGAGUCAUCAUAUUCCCUAUUGCUAACCAUGUAGUAGAUUUGCUUCGUUACUCAAUCACCCUUGAAACCGUUAUUACAUAAAUUUCAACGGCGUUUCAAAUCAGAAGGCAAUAACAAGCGGCAACUACAGUUUUUUCAGCCGACAGGGAACAAGAUCACAUUGCUAUAAGCACAUUCAGCGAAUUCGAAGCAUGGAGGCCAAUAUGCAUGUACGAGCCAAUUCAUAGGCAAAUUAAUUUACAGUCAGAUCAUAUUAGGGCACAGCAAGUCAAGGCAAAGUUCAACAAUAGGAUUUGAGCACAUAUAUACAUGGGGAGCAGGAUGAAUCAUCGAGUGAUAUUUAAGCGAUCAACAUUCUAGCAAGUGUCUGUCAUGUGAUGAUCUAGUGAUCCUAACAGAACAAAGAAAUAUGUGAAUUGUUACUGUUCAAAUAACAUUGUCUGUUAAAUAAGUUAAUAAAAGGCCUUAACCAAAAUUAACCAUAAUCGAAAUUGGUUGUAGGAUAGUUGCUGUGAUCCAGAUAUGAUAUAAGUAUGGUUGGUUUUGUGCAAUUCCAAAUUUUCUUCCCGAGAAUAUUAAGAGGUUUUUUAUUAAAAAAACACAGCACUAUUUCUUUUAAUGUUGAAUUAUUUUGGUUGCACGAUUAAAAAAGAACUGAGCAAUCGCUCAACUAUGUAAGAACGUAACAACCAGAUUAAAUGGGAAAGUUCUACCUCAAUUACAGUACGUUUUGUUCAAUGAAUAAACUAGUCGAAAAUCCCCACAUUUGUUUAACAUUUAGUUUUGUUCACAGUGAGUGAAUAUUCUUCACCCGAAUGAUUCUGUUACAAAAUUGUCCAGUUAAAUGAAACAUAAUUGGGACUUUUGUCUUCUCAGAUUCUUUGAAUGCAUCUCAAACACAAUUGCUGUCUCGAUUCUGUCGGUUGUUUUAAUUUGGUGCAACAAGGGAACUAAAUAAUAUUCUCCAACAGUAAUUAUUUCGAUUACAGACAUUUCACUUAAUUUACUUUGAUCUUAGUAGAUAAUUGGUUUCAUUAACGACGACGUAUUUAAUUUUAUAGCACGUGGCAUUUGUUUUGGCGAACGCUCUAGAUUUCUUCAUUCCAGAUGUUCCAAGUAGUUUGAAAGAACGUAUUCAACGAGAACGAUUCCUGGCAAAGCAAGCCCUUCUGGAUAUUAGUUUGGUAAAUUCACCUAUGAUCGAAAGUAUAUUUCUAUUUACUAUCAUUCAUUAUCGUUAUAAAGGAAAUACUGGUGUACAUUCUGGUUGAAGAAAUAAGUGUUUACUACUUCAACAUUAUUUUCCUUAACAUCUAGUUGUCUUCAGAACCUGCAGCUUUCUCCUAAUUUGCUGUUUGAGCAUUUAGCUUUGAAUUUAGUGAACAUUAUGGGGUCAUUACUCAUCGUAAGAUCUAACCAAAUAUCAGAUUCACUAACUAACACUUCAACGUACUUUCAGUAUGAACUGGGUGAACCAAUACUCUCUUUUGGUAAUUCUUUCACUGAUCACAACUAACCAUUAUCAGAUUACUGACCAAGCCUAGGCACUGAAUAAUAAAUAAAAUUGAACCACUUGUCAUUAUAAUAGAGAUGUUUUUGUUGUAUCCCGAUGAGUAGGAAAAUUGUGUUUCUGACGUUUCGUGGCUCAAUGUAAACCACUUCUUCAUAGUAAAUGAAUAACCGACAGAAAAAUUAUCAGUUAUUUAUUAUUAACUCUCUACCCAGUGCUCAAUUUAUUUGAAACUAUCAAGUCCAACCUUACUAUUGAUACCAUUUGUUGUAAUGUAACAAAAUUAUACAUAUCACGCUACUUUGUGCCACAAGAAAAACAUUUUUCAUUAUAUGUGGUUCAUUUGGGAUUAUUUCCGUAUUUUGAUUAAAUUUCAACAUUGAUAUAGCUUUGAACAACACUUUAGGCGGAUGCUUUAUUUUUGGUAGGUGUAUAUCUGAAUAUCAGCGCUACCUUAAACAACUGUGGAUGUAAUAACCAACUCUGCAUUCUAUAAUUCCUAACUCCACGAAAGAACCAAUAUUUUCAGUUCUACGCCGCUUACAUUAAAUCAAGCAAAUGGAUAGAUUUAUUUGAACCAAAUACCUAAUCUCAAUGUUAUUCAGCUUCACUGUCUUUUCAUACGAACAAACCAUUAUUAUACGUUUCGCAUCCUUAAGCUCCAGGGUUGCUAGUUAGAUCAUGAGCAGUGACAAAUGUGUCAUUUAGGAUAAAAUCGACUGAUGUCAGUAUAGCAUGGACUCAAAUCAUCAGAGCGAAAGUGGGUAGGUUUAUGAAGAGGCCCCACUGAAUCAAUAUCAAUCUGUUUAUUCUCAGACUGCAGCUCACAGAUUCACUAAACUAAAAACUAUAUCAUAUCCAGAUUCAAUAAAAAUGUUCUAUAUGGUCUGGAGCAUCAGAAGGAGUCAAGACAACCGGAAACUAAAAAGGAUGUUAGUGAUUGAUCAUUUAAUGAACAAACAUAUGACACACUGGCCGGAAAGUUUAAUUUUUAAAAAAAGAAAACAAUAUUCAUAAAAUAUCUUCAAUUUUGUCAUAAAAAUGUCUUGGUUUGUUAUCUUCCUUAGUUUUUGAAAGAUCUAUACAAAAGUAUAUCAAUCCGUCUCCAAUAAAUUUCAUAUUUUUGUGAUAAACUUUUCAAUCGGAACGUGAUAUCUAUUUUCUUCUGUUGGAGACAUACAAAAAUCAAUUUAUAGAUUGUAAAUUUGUGUAUAUCAGAUACUUACAAGUUAAUUGCAAUAUUCGUCUAUUAAUUGUAAAUUUAAUUACAUUACUGUAAUUUAUCUAAAGAUAAUAUUGUUAAUUAAUUGGUUUACUAAUAAUGGAAUAACUAUAAACUAUCAGGAUAAUGUAUCACUCUUCAUCACUUCUUUGUAUAUUAAAUUAUGUAACUGACAAUUCAGUACUGUUAGACAG